UGAAACACUGGGAAGCUCAUAGAGACACACACGCAUCGCCGUGCCUCUCAGUGGCAAGAUGUUCCCACUCGUCGGUGUGUAUACUUUUGGGUUCGUAGCCGCGACGGUUUGUGUUAUUCUUUUGACAUAUAUCACCUACCAGCUGCUGAAAGACUACCUGCACAACUGGAAAGAACUGAAGCCAGUGCCGGGCAUUGGAAACACAUAUCCAUUCAUCGGGGACGCGCUGCAGUUUAAAUCGAACGCGGGAGAAUUCUUUUGUCAGGUGGUUGGCUACACAAAAGAAUUCUGGGAUUCUCCUCUGUUUAAAUUAUGGAUUGGACCUGUCCCAUUUCUCAUCUUAUACCAUGCUGAGACUAUCGAGACAGUGCUGAAUAACCCUGUUCACAUGGACAAGGCUUAUGCAUACAAAUUUCUGCACCCCUGGCUGGGAACAGGACUACUCACAAGUACCGGGGAUAAAUGGAGACGCAGACGUAAGAUGUUGACCCCAACAUUUCAUUUCUCUAUACUAACUGAGUUCCUGGAGGUGAUGAAUGAACAGGCAGAGGUGCUCAUAGAGAAACUUGCGAAACACGCUGGAAAAGGCUCUUUCAACUGCUUUAACUACAUCACUCUCUGUGCCCUAGAUAUCAUCUGUGAGACUGCCAUGGGAAAGAAGAUCUAUGCACAGAGCAACCAUGACUCUGAGUAUGUGCGCAGUGUGUACAGAAUGAGUGACAUCAUCACCAGGCGCCAGAGGAUGCCCUGGUACUGGCCUGAUUUUGUAUAUAACUAUUUUGGUGAAGGCAGAGAACACAACCGUAGUCUGAAAGUCCUUCACUCCUUCACAGAGAGUGUAAUUAACGAGAGGGCAGAGUACAUUACCUACAUUGAGUCUGACAGUGAAUCAGAUCAGGGGAUGAGGAAAAGACGGGCGUUCUUGGACAUGCUGUUAAAAACAACAGAUGAGGAUGGGAAAAAGUUAACUCACGAAGAUAUCCAGGAGGAAGUGGACACCUUUAUGUUUGAGGGUCAUGACACUACAGCGGCUGCCAUGAACUGGGCCAUACACUUGUUAGGCUCCCAUCCUGAAGUCCAAAGGAAGGCACAACAAGAACUAUUUGAGGUUUUUGGCGAGUCGGAGAGGCCAAUUAACACAGAGGAUCUAAAGAAACUGCGUUAUCUGGAGUGUGUGAUAAAGGAGUCUCUGCGUCUCUUUCCUUCUGUUCCGUUUUUUGCCCGAGCCAUCUGUGAGGAUACACAGAUCAAUGGCUAUAAAGUUCCUAAAGGAGCAAAUGUCAUCGUCAUAACCUAUGCCCUUCACCGUGACCCUCGCUUCUUCCCUGACCCUGAAGAGUUCCGUCCUGAGCGUUUCCUGCCAGAGAACUGCGUCGGUCGACAUCCUUAUGCCUACAUUCCAUUCUCUGCUGGCCUUCGCAACUGCAUUGGUCAGCGUUUUGCUAUAAUGGAGGAAAAGGUUAUUCUGGCUUCUAUUCUGCGCUACUUUAACAUAGUGGCAUGUCAGAAGAGGGAGGAACUCCGGCCACUGGGCGAACUGGUACUGCGACCAGAGCAAGGCAUCUGGAUCACGUUGGAGCGCAGAAAGCACUAGCACACACACAUAGUCAAUAUAAGAAUUAAUUCAUGAUGGCAAUAUUGUGUAGUGAAUGACACAAACCUUAAUGUAACAUAAAGCCCAACACCUGAACCCCUAACCAUGAUUGUUCUACAAUCUACAUUUUUGUAUGAUAUCCACCUCAAGCUAUUUUCUUUGAAUGUGCAAGAUUUCUGAUUCAUUGGACACUAAAUGUGAAUAACUAGGAGAAUAGCAAAGUGCAGUAAACAGUAAAACUA